CUUUUGCAUGAGCAACAUGUAAACAGUCCACAAAAUUAUCCAAAAUUAUACCUCUCCAUGGGUUAAAAUAGUCCUGUUAACAAGUAUGGACAUAGGGAUUUGUGCUAUCUUUUACAUCAUGAAUAAAUAAAGCACCAAAAUGACCCAACACUUCGAAUGGAAAUUGAAAGAUCCACGAGUAUGUCGGAUUUUCUUCAGCUCACCUUUCAAAGGAAUGGAAGGAGAAAGGGAAGAAUUGACAAAGCGUUAUUGGCCCAAGAUCCAAUCCCUAUGUAACAGUAAGGGAAUCCAGUUUGUCCCUGUUGACAUGAGGUGGGGCAUAACAACAGAGGCUGCAGGCAAUGCACAAACUGUAAACAUAUGUCUGCGUGAACUUGACCGAUCUGACAUGUUUGUCGGCUUUUUUGGCCAGCGCUAUGGAUGGAUGGGAGAAAAUGAUGAAGCAUUGCAAGCUAAUGUUGAAAAUUCUAUAACAAGGUACCCAUGGCUACUGAAGUUCAGGGAUAAAAGCGUGACAGAAUGGGAAUUUCUUCAUGGACAUCUCAACCAUCCUGGGAAAAUGCCAGCUUGGAUAGGCUUCAGAGACAAGGCAUUUGAUGACAUGAAGAAAGAAGAAGCAGAAAAGCGGGGUAACAAACGUCAAGUCGCUGCAUAUGUAUCAGAAAGUGAGCUUGCGACUAAAAACAUGGACAAUUUGAAAAAAAGAAUAAGAGAAACAGAGAAAAAGACUCUUGGUAUAAACAUGGCUUAUAGAGACCCAGUUGAGGGUGCUUCACAGAUGUUUGAUGCAAUGUGGAGAUGUCUAAAUGAUCACCUUCUAGCAGAUACAACAAACGUUAACCCAUCAAAGUGGGAUAUAGAACUCUCAGCCCAUAAUGCUUUCUGCAAAAGUCGUUCCGGACUCUACAUAGGUGGCAGCAUUUGCCAUGAAAGACUAGAUGCAGUUUUAAAAUCUGGAACACAGGUCCCAUUGUUAAUUCAUGGAGACCCAGGAAGUGGUAAAUCCGCUUUGAUUUCAACAUGGCUUACUGCAAGAAAGGAGACCAACCCAGAAGAUUAUAUAGUGUACCACUUUGUUGGUAGUUCUAGUGAAAGUACAGAUAUACUGUCAACAUUGAAACGCCUAAGGGUGGAACUAAAACGUCAAAUCCAUGGCAAAGAGAUACCUGAGGCUGAUGGUCCAUCUAGUAAUGAAGAGGAACAUGAUAAGUAUGGACUCAUGCUUGCUCUAGAGGACACAGUAAGAGAAGCUAGUGAUACUGGUCACAUAACUAUCAUCUUCAUUGAUGGACUCACCAAGGUGAAAGACAAAGAAAAGAUUAACAAGCACUUAUUCUGGUUGCCUGAAACCUUCCCGAAAAAUGUUCAUUUGAUCGUGUCGUGUUUGAGUACAGAUCACAUGACAUUGAACGAGUUAGUUGAGAGACGGGGCUAUGACUCCCUUGUUAUGCAGCCUCUUAGUCGCGAGGAACAGAAAGAAAUAUCAAUACAAACACUACAAGAAGUUGGCAAGGAGCUCUCUGCUAGUCAGUUAGAAAGGGUCGUAGAAGCCAAACAAACAACAAAUCCUCUUUUUCUCAAGAUUGUUCUUUCAGAGCUAUGUAUGUUUGGUUAUUUCCGCAAGUUGGAUGAGAAGAUUGACUCGUUGAUUCACUGUUCAAGCACUGUGGAGCUCUUCAAAAAAUAUCUGGAGAGGUUGGAGGAUGACUAUAACAGUGAUGGUUACCAUGGUAACCUUGUACAAGAUGUUAUGUGCUUACUCAGGGGCUCAAAGGAGGGACUCUCUGAAGAGGAUAUAAUGGAGAUAUUGUCUAUAGAUCCUCAAUUGUGGUCACCUCUUUACUUUGCUAUGGAGAAAUACUUCAUCGACAGGGCUGGUAUUCUUGGCUUUGGAUUUCAUGAGCUUGAGAUGGCAGUCCAUGAAAAAUACAUCACUAACAAUAAUAUUAUGAUAAACUUCAGGUUAAAGCUUGACAGGUAUUUUACUCAGAAACUGAAGCAAUAUAAGGCGACAGGACAGCUGUAUUCUGAUUGGCAGAGAUUAGAUGUACAUCCACCGAGAGAAAUAAUGAAUAUCCCCUGGUUGAGACAUAAAUGUGACGACACAUCUAAACUCCUCGAUAUUAUCACAACCACUGAUUGUGUUGGAAUUUUUACAGAGCACCAUUCUCUUUAUGAUUUACUGGAAUACAUCAAAACUGUAGAUGUCUCAGAGAAAAUCAUGGCAGACCUGUUUAAAAAGGGUGUUGAUACACUUUUGGUGGAGAUGUUUAACUUCAUGCAGGAUAAUUGUAUCAAGAGUGGAAAUAUUGACGCUGAACCAGAAUUUCAUAUACCAUCAAAGGCUGCAGAUGCAUGUGUUCAAAUAAUCAACUUUCUUGAGAUGGGAAACUUUCACAAUGCAGCCCUGGCCUUGGUGGAAAAACAAGAGGAAAUAAUUGAGAAUGGUAGAGGCCUGUGGAAUAAGGAAAGCUAUGAGAAUCUCAAGAUGGAUUGUAUGUACAAGAAGGCAUGUGUUCUGGUGGACCUCUACAGAAUACAAGAGGCAGAACCUCUGCAUAUGGAGGUCCUUAGGCACAGGGAGAAGAAACUAGCUAUUGACAAGAGUGAAAGGCUGAUCCAGAGUCUAUCCAAGAGCUACCAUGGUGUUGGUGUGUUACUAAUGCAGCAAGAGGACCCUGAUAAACAUGCCCAGGCUUUUGAAUUCUUCAAUAAAUCUCUGGAGUUGGCUGAGACCAGUGAAAAUGACAUGCGGGUAGAGAAGGCCAAGACUAUCCAGUGUCUGGGUGUGUCGAGUAUGCGUAUGGGAGACAAUGUGAAAGCAGUCGAUUAUGGUCAGCAAAGCAUGAAGUUAUUUGAAGAGGUAUACUAUGGGCAGCUACCACCAAGCUUAGGCCAGGCCAUGUGUAAUAUCGCAAUAUGCCACCGUAGACUGGGCAACUUUGACCAAGCUGUGGAUCUGUAUAACCAAGCAAUUGAGAUAGCAGAGAAAGCUUAUGGCCGAGUCCAUCAUGAUGUAGGCAUUGCAUUAUCAAACCUCGGCUCCCUCUAUAUAUACAAGAAGGACUUUGAACAGGCAAUUAUCAAAUUGACAGAAGCUGUGAAGAUUUAUGAGAUGUUGAAGAUAGAUCUCCAUGGUGCUCUACUGGCGAGAGAGAACCUUGUUUGUGCCUUUAUAAAUGCAAAUAGGGCAGAUGAGGCUGAACCCAUUUAUUGGGAUGCAGUGUUACAGCUGGGGAGUGAUAAAGCACGAUGGAAUAAGUCUAUACCUUAUAUGCACUCCAUCAUGUUGAUGAAAUAUGUCAGAGAAAGCAGUUGGCACAAGGCCAAACAAGUCCUAGAGAACUUGGUCCAGCGUGAAGAUACAAAGUCAGGAGAUAUAGUAGCUCUGUUGGCCUUAUGUGAUGAGUUCCUAGUAGAUGAAGGCAAGCCACAACGUGCAGUAGAAUACACAGUAGACUACAACCUUGGAGUUUGGCCACUGAACAGAAGACUGAUAUGUAUGAAGGUGGAGUUUGAUUUACUCAAAAGACCCAACAAUCAGGACAGACUUGAUGGUGUGCUAGACAUUGCUACUAAAGCUCUUGAUGCACUGGACACAAUGGAUCCUGCAGAGCUAACAACUGCUGAUAUCACUUCAGCUGAGGAUGUUCUCAGCUACAUUUGUGAUCUAUGUAAUGGUCUAUUUGAAGGAAAAUUCAAAGAAUAUUGUGUGGAUAUCUGGAAGAAAGGGAUCGAAAGACAGCCAACGAUGAUGAAUUACCGCAUGACGUUGGCACGAACCAUGCUACAACAGGGAGACCUUUCAACAGCACAAUACACAGAGAUAAGCCAACACCUAAACACUGUAAAGAAACAACAGCAUCAAGAUGAGGCACAGUUUUACAAAAUGUAUAUGCAUGUUCUUAUGCAUUGUGAAGAUGUUGUGGAAGAGCUGAAGGAAUUGCUUGAAGAUGCAAUCAAGAAUGUCACUGAUGAGCCUGAGUUUAUAGAGAAAGUAAGUGUAUACGAUCUAGGAUGA